GCGCGCGGCCAGGCCGGCGGCUCCCAAGACUUGGGUUGCGCGGCGGAGCCCGGCGCUCGCGCUGUGGCGUCAUCCCCAGGCCCUGUCGCGUCCGCUGUCCUCUGCCUCGGCUCCGGGCGGGUGGGGAGGAUGGCCUCGGAGUUAGAGUCCUCUCUGGAGGCCAGCUUCUCCAGCAGCUGCGUGGUGCCGGGGGCUUCGGGGUGCCUGCCUCCGGCCCGCUCCCGCAUCUUCAAGAUCAUCGUGAUCGGCGACUCCAAUGUGGGCAAGACGUGCCUGACCUACCGCUUCUGCGCCGGCCGCUUCCCCGACCGCACCGAGGCCACCAUCGGGGUGGACUUCCGAGAACGAGCGGUGGAGAUCGACGGGGAGCGCAUCAAGAUCCAGCUGUGGGACACCGCGGGCCAGGAGCGCUUCCGCAAGAGCAUGGUGCAGCACUACUACCGCAACGUACACGCCGUGGUCUUUGUGUACGAUGUCACCAACGCGGCCAGCUUCCACAGCCUGCCGGCCUGGAUCGAGGAGUGCAGGCAGCACCUGCUGGCCAGCGACAUCCCGCGCAUCCUCGUGGGCAACAAGUGUGACUUGCGCAGCGCCGUGCAGGUGCCCACGGACCUGGCACAGAAGUUCGCCGAUGCACACAGCAUGCCUCUGUUUGAGACCUCGGCCAAGAGCCCCCAUGACAGUGACCACGUGGAGGCCAUCUUUAUGACCUUGGCGCACAAGCUGAAGAGCCACAAGCCGCUGGUGCUCAGCCAGCCCCCCGAGGACGCGGUGGCGCUGCGGCCCGAAGCCAGGCCCGCACUGCCGUGCUGGUGCUGAGCUGAGCCAGCCAGGACUCCUCCCGUGCCGCGCACUCAGCAUCUGUGUCGCGUCCCCUUCCUCAGGGCUGUCACUGUGGCCCCAGGAAAAGGUGCCUCUUACUGUGGAUGCAGAGGAGGAGAGGAGGACGCAUCCAGCACCUUCCGCGCACUGCCCCAGAGCCCCGGCCUGAGGGAGGCAGGGACAGGGCAGGUGCUUUGUAUUCGCGCUGGGAUCUGCAGAGAGCACAGAGCCAAUGGCAAGCAUCCGAGGAGCCGGAUGCCUCCUGGUUAGCGUGGGUCCUGGUCUCUUGCUCUCCCCCAGCCCCCAAUUAAUUGAGCAUCUAAGUGUUGGCUAAAAUCAGUUUCCAUUAGACUGCAGCUCUGAUUCCUGAGUCUAUGUGUGUUUCUGUAAUGGUGUGUUACCUGUCAGUUUCUGUAGGGUCACAGAAAAUAGUCCUCCUCCGUGUGCUAGAUAUGUUAGAGCCAGGUGUGGCUGUAGUCCCAGACACUGGAGGCUGAGGCAGGAGGAUUGUCUCAAGUUCAAGGCCAGCCCAAAUCAAGUAGUGAGACCCUGUCUCAAAAAAACACAGAAACACUCCAAAAAAUAUUUUGUUUCCCUCAGUUUUGAGAAUGUUUCAAUGUUUUUUCCCUACUUUUAUUUUGAAUUUAAAACUUUGCACAAAGAAAAUGAUGCAUUUGCAUAUGAAGCGAUUUACAUAAGUGGAAUGUAAGCCAUGGACUCAGGUGACGUGGUACAUCCCCAACUGGGUCUUGGCUGCCUUGAGUGUGGGUAGGAAGCCAGGCCAGGAGGUGAUUGUACCUAAGGAGUUUGUUUAAUCGUUGCAGUGGUCCUAAUGCAUUGCUUAGUCACAAAAACAAACAUGGUUCUAUUAAACUAAUUGAAAGUAAUAAUUACAGUAAAUCACAACAAAUCAUUAUUGUUUGAAAUAGUGUUAUUUGCAUUUUGAGAGAUUAACCCAUUUUUUCAUUUUUCUUAAUUAUGCGAGAGUUAAAAAUUUUUAUGUAAAUUAACAUUGAUUUCUAACUAUUUUUAUAGCAGAGCAAUGACAGGUGUAGUACUGGUGAUGGGUAUGCUAGGUUUUUAAAGGAAGGACUCUUUCAGUUCAAAACAUUUUUAAAAGUUUUUAAAGGGAAGAAAGUUUGUAGACUUUCCAAGCGUAUCUGUUUUCUCAGUGUUUUAUGAGUUUUUUAAAAAGUAAUUUUCUUUUUUGUAAGAAGAUAGGAAUAACUUUCCAUUACAAUUAUAUGGAAGGACUUUUUUCACUUUAAUAUUUAUUAAUUUUAAAAUAUUUUUUAUCUCAUUUGCAACAUCUUACCAUUUUAAUUUUUAGAACAUGUUUUUAUUUUUAAACAGAAGAUACUUAGUUGAGUGGGGGUCGAGUUUUUACAUAUAUUCCAAAAUAUUUAUAAAGCACUUCGUGGACUGUUGAAAUCACUUCCCAAAAUGGUGGCUAUCUAACAACUGUUAAUUUUUUAAACACAAAUCCCAUAUUUUGUAAAUCUGUGAAUUUAACUUUUGACCUUUGAUUGAAAUAUCAGAAUUGUUUAGAGAAGUGUUCACGUGAGAAAAGCAGGGCACCCACCCUGCCCUGCGGGGGCUACCUGCAUCACCCCAGCCUGGGGAAGCGCUGCGCUGACCUGUGUCUCCUCGGGGAGCCUGGCUGCGUUGCCGUGGAGCAGGUCACGUUUUCUCUGUGAUGCUCAAUAAAUCAUCUUCGCGAGGAAAGAA